GCCAAGAUAGUCAUGCGGCGGGCAAGAGCCAAGCUCAAUGAGGCGAGCAAUACGGCGAGUGUGCGGGUGGCAGGCGCUCGAGCUCAAUGGGACGAGACUCUGACGCUCAAGAAGAAGCAAGUGAGAGCGUACGCCUCACACUUGGUCGAGCGCAAGGUGCAUGCAGGGCUGGAUCGGGCAAAAACGGUGGUCAAAGCCGGAGCCAAAGAUCCGGACAUGCCCAUGUUCUUGCAAUCGUCAAUUGAUGCUGCCGUCGAUGACAUGUGGGUCGAGGUCAAGUACGAGGUCGUCGAGUCGGUCCUUGGCGCCAUCCGCAAGCCGUUGCCCGUCGAUCACGGCUCGCCGCCAUCGUUCUGUCCCAACCCGCUCUCUCCACCCACCGCAUGGCUACUGUACAAGCUCUAUCCAUACGAUCGUUCCAUCUGGCGCCAGCUGCGGGAUCCCAUCUGGUGGCUCCUCACCCUCAUCUCGCUGGUUCCCGUCUACGGCAUCUCGCAGAUUUUCUACCUCAUUGUCCUCCUCGCCAAGGAUACCUCGGACGAGUAUCAGGUCUGCGCCUACGUCAUCGCCUUUAAGGGCGUCGCCUUUUUGGCUGCUGGCGUCUUUCCGGCCGUCCGCGGUGCCAUGCAGUACUUUCUCUGCCUGUACUUUGCCGACUCGGACGGGAGAGACGACGACGUCGUCCUCCUCACCCAUCGCCAGCGUAACGAGUGCAUCCGGACCGGGCCGGGCCAGGAGCCACUCUGGCUCCUCGCUUUUUUCGUCCUCCAAGUCCUCCUCGUCUGGUUCGCCUACGUUCGCCUGCCGUACACCCGCAAGAAGGGCGGCAAGCGGUACGAGACGCUCACCUCAGCCGACGGCGGGUACGAUCUCGAUGGUGACGGCACACUCGACGCUGACGAGGCCGACCGCAUGGUCCGCAUCCGCGCCGAGCUCGCCCGCGCCGAUGAUGACGAGGACCCACCGCGGAGCUCGACCCGAAUCGACGACCCGCCCCCGACCUGCUGUGGUGCCCGCAGAUACCGCGGUCGUGGCGGCCUCAUCCGUCCGCUCCUUGUUUACGACUUUAUCGUCUUCUCUCUCGUCUCGCUCGCCAUCAUCGCUGCUGCCUUUACCACGGGCUCCAAGUCGCUGCUCGAGCGCGGCUUUGAGAGCAACGCCAAGUUCCGUGCCGUCGUCUACUGGUGCAAGGUUCUCUACGGCCUGCUCUCCUUUCCUUUUCUCAUCUUCAAGUUCCCGCUCAUGUUCCGCUUCCUCACGCACGCACGCCCGACUGCCUACAACCGCAACGGCGUCACCGUUCCACCCAUCGAUCCCAUCUCGCGCGCCGAGGCCCGCGCCCAGCGCAUUGCUCCAGAGCCAUCGUCUAUCGCCCAAAGCUCUGAAUCGGGCUCGGAGAGCUCGGACGGUGUCUUCUCGCAGUUCUUCCAGCGCGGUGGCGCUCGUUCCCGCUCCCGCUCCCGCUCCCGCUCCCGCUCCGAUGAUCGCGUUUAG